GGACGAUUUCACGCGAGCAUCCCAUGAUUUGGCGUUUGAUUAAAAGAAAAGAGAAUCAUUUUGCCUUCGCUCAUCGACGUAGAAAAGGCAAAAGCCUCUGAGCAUGCGAUUCCGGAAUCAAGAUAGCAAUCAAAACUUGCCAGAUGGAAUGUUUGUAAGCCCCCUCGUAGGAGUUGCUGCAACCACAAUUGUGCCGCUUGCACUUUUCAUCAACAUUGUUGCGCCACAUGUCUCCCAAACUGUUGGCAAUUGUUGGCUAUGUGGCCAUCCUUCUGAAUUUCGGACUUUGCUUCCUUAACCAGCAACGGUCCUCGGCUCCUGGGUUGAGUUUUCCAAGAAUGCAGCAGUGCGCUCGGACGGCUCAGCCGAUUGCUUCGUUGUUUCCCCUUGAAGAACAUGGUUGUGUUAAACUCCUCGUGUCUUUAUUUUGCCAAGCCCUCCCUGCUCCGUGGCUCGCUCGUCCUCUGUUGUUCACCAGCGUCCCUCGUGAUUGGAAUCCAUCCAUCAUAUCAACUGCUGCUCGGGUUUAAACUUCCACAGCUCCCAGUAGUGGACAAUCCGGGGUCCUGGCAACGACUGCCAAUGGACGGGGUUCGCAGGGGCGUGCAGGGAUCUAGGAUGUCCCGCUCCACUUAGUUACCAUCUUUAAGCAUAUUUCUGUUGAAUCGAUGGGGUGUCGCGGCUAGAAGCGUAACUGGUCACCAAGCAAGGAGCCAGAACUCUUCGUUAUUAUUGGAUUUGCUGGGCCUGCUUGACGUUUUUCUAGGGGUUUGACACAAUUUUUUUUUCUCUCUCA